UCCACCCCUCUCUCUCUCUCUCUCUCUCCCCGACAAAAGAAAAAGAGAGGGAUUUUCAAUCAAGUUCCUCCAUGGCUUCUGCAAGAGCUCUGACUUCCUCACUAAUCUUCAUCUCUUUUCUUCUCUUCAGCCUUUCAGAAGCUAAAGAUUUCUUAGUUGGAGGCAAGACCAACGCAUGGCAAAUCCCAUCUUCUCCCUCAGACUCACUAAAUCAAUGGGCCGAAGCUAACCGUUUCCAAAUUGGCGAUUCACUUGUUUGGAAAUUUGAUGGUGAGAAGGAUUCAGUGCUGCAAGUGACUAGAGAGGGCUACCAGAGCUGCAAUGUGUCAAAUCCGAUCGCCGCACACAAGGGUGGAAAUGUGGUGGUGAAGCUUGACCGGUCUGGGCCGUUCUACUUCAUCAGCGGAGCAGGAGGGCACUGUGAGAAUGGCCAGAAGCUAAUCGUCGUUGUCAUCUCAGAGGUGAGGGGAGGCGGGUUUUUCAGCAUCUCUCCUGCCCCUUCACCGAUGGAGUUCGAUGGGCCGGCAGUCGCUCCGACAAGCAGUGCUCAUGGUUUGGCAGUUUGGAGGGGUGGUUUUGUGAGUAGUUUGGUUGUAUUGGGGAGCUUGGUGGGGAUGAUUUUGUGAGGGAGAUAAUGGUCUUUUUGGGUUCUGUUCUAGUUUGAAUAGGAAUAUGAUUUUCAUUUUAUUAUAAUUAUUUUUUCACUUGUUAGAAUCAUUUCUUGUGGUUGAUAAAGAUUCUAAUGAUAUAUUCCUCUAUUUUUUGAAGUA